GAAGAACGCCACAAUGGUUUCUGAGUGGUUUAUCCGUAAUGAAGGGCGGGAAUGAGGCGGGAGCUGUUGCCAUCUCUACCAACCAAAAGCCGAAAUAGCUUUGAUGGACAGGUGUAGCGGGAAGAGGCCAAGAAUGCCGGUUGUCACCCAACCGGCUGGCCGCUGUGAGGAGAAAGGGCCAAUCAGAACGCGGAGGGGGCGGGGCUAGGGGACCGGUUGCUCCGGAAGUGGAGGGAGGGGGUGAAAAUGGCGCCCAGCUCGAAAUCGGAGCGGAACAGCGGGGCCGGGAGCGGCGGCGGCGGCCCUGGGGGAGCCGGGGGGAAGCGGGCAGCGGGGCGGCGACGGGAACACGUCCUCAAGCAGCUGGAGCGGGUCAAGAUCAGUGGGCAGCUCUCACCUCGUCUUUUCCGGAAGCUGCCCCCCAGGGUCUGCGUGUCCCUCAAGAACAUCGUAGACGAGGAUUUUCUCUAUGCAGGCCAUAUCUUCCUGGGAUUUUCCAAGUGUGGCCGCUAUGUCCUCUCCUACACCAGCAGCAGUGGGGAUGACGACUUCUCCUUCUACAUAUACCACCUCUACUGGUGGGAGUUCAACGUCCACAGCAAACUCAAGCUGGUCCGGCAGGUGCGGCUCUUCCAGGAUGAGGAGAUCUACAGCGACCUGUACCUAACUGUGUGUGAGUGGCCUAGCGACGCUUCCAAGGUCAUCGUGUUUGGAUUCAAUACCCGCUCAGCCAAUGGGAUGCUCAUGAAUAUGAUGAUGAUGAGUGAUGAGAACCAUCGUGACAUCUACAUCAGCACUGUGGCUGUGCCACCUCGGGGUCGCUGUGCUGCCUGCCAGGAUGCCAGUCGUGCCCACCCAGUGUGUCUUGCUGCAGGGGACCCGAGCGCACAGUGCCUGCGGCAUGGCUUCAUGCUGCACACCAAAUACCAGGUGGUGUACCCCUUCCCCACCUUCCAGCCCGCCUUCCAACUCAAGAAGGACCAGGUGGUGCUUCUCAACACCAGCUACUCACUGGUGGCCUGCGCUGUCUCUGUCCACUCAGCAGGUGACAGCAGUUUCUGCCAAAUCCUGUAUGACCACACAGCUUUGCCCCCAGCCCCACCCAGCUCUCCAGGACCUUGGAGCCCUGAGGCAGUCCCUGCCUUCCCCAGCCUUGGCCUUGAGGUGGCCCCAGUUCGGCCCUCUGGAGCCCCCGAGCCCUCACCAGCCAUUGCCAAGGCCAAGGAGUUUGUGGCUGACAUCUUCCGCAGGGCCAAAGAGGCCAAGGGUGGUACCGUGGAGGAAGCUCGGUUGCCCUCAGGCCUGGGGCCCUCAAGUAGCUGCUGCCGCUCAUCCUCAGAGCCACCAGCCCCAAGUGGGGAAGUGGUGCCCAGGGACAGUCCUCCUGCUUCAGAGGCAUCUGCCCCAGAGCCUGGCUACGUCAACUACACCAAGUUGCACUAUGUGUUGCGGUCUGGGGAAGGGACAGAACCUGAGGAUGAGUUUGAGGAUGACAAGAUCUCCCUGCCCUUUGUGGUGACUGACCUCCGUGGACGCAACUUACGGCCCAUGCGAGAACGGACAGACAUGCAGGGCCAGUACCUGACAGUGGAGCAGCUCACAUUGGACUUCGAGUAUGUCAUCAACGAGGUCAUCCGUCACGAUGCCACCUGGGGUCACCAGUUCUGCUCUUUCAGUGACUAUGACAUAGUUAUCCUGGAGGUCUGCCCAGAAACCAACCAGGUCCUGAUCAACAUUGGCCUGUUGCUCCUAGCCUUCCCAGCCCCCACUGAGGAGGGCCAGCUCCGACCAAAGACCUAUCAUACCAGUCUAAAGGUGGCCUGGGACCUCAGCACGGGCAUCUUUGAGACCGUCAGCGUGGGUGACCUAACUGAGGUCAAAGGGCAGACCAGUGGCAGUGUCUGGAGCUCCUACCGAAAGAGCUGUGUGGACAUGGUCAUGAAGUGGCUGGUGCCAGAGAGCAGUGGCCGCUAUGUGAACCGGAUGACGAACGAGGCAUUGCACAAAGGGUGCUCACUGAAGGUUCUGGCAGACAGUGAGCGGUACACUUGGAUUGUGCUGUGAGGGCUGGACCGCCUUGGACCCUGACUCCAACUACCUCCGCAGGCCCGGGAGAGGACUGCCUUCCUGGGCUGGCCCUACAGGGGCCACAAUUGGCACUAGUGUUAGGUUGCGGGAUGGGACUGGUGCAGCAGCCUCUGGUGGCCCAAGAGUCUGGAUGUGUCUUUAUUUAUGCCUAUUUAAGUUGGGAAAGGGCAGAGGGAGGAGCCCCUCCGGCCUGGCCUGCCCUAGCGAAGUCCAGGCCUGCUUCCUGUGCUUUGGCCCUUCCUUUCCUUGGCUGCAAGUGUAGCCCUUAGGGAGGCCCCCAGUGGUUCAGGCCUCCCUCCCUUGGGGUGGGAACCCUGUGGCCACCUGGCCUUGUUCUUCAUGUACUAAAUGCUUUAUUUCUGA